GGCUGAGUCACCUGACUAGGAUUCUGGAGGUGUAAUGGCGGCGCCCGUGCUAUGUUCGGGUUGUCCUCAAAGAUGUUGGGCAUUAGUCUGGGUUUACGGCCGUUGUCGCCAUCGAAGAGGGGCUCCGGUUGGGUCCACAUGCAACUGGAUGAGGGGACAGAGUUCAGUGGCUCAGCAGCCCCUCCACACGGCCCGGAAGCCGAGGAAAGGCGAACCUGAAUGGGCUGCUGUCGUAGGUUUGGAAAUUCAUGCUCAGAUUUCCUCCAACUCUAAACUCUUCUCUGGAUCUCAAGUCUGCUUUGCAGCACCUCCAAAUUCUUUGGUUUCUUUUUUUGAUGCUUCCCUGCCUGGAACUUUGCCGGUCCUCAACAGGAGGUGUGUAGAAGCGGCCGUGAUGACAGGCCUGGCUCUGAACUGCCACAUAAACAAGAAGUCCUUGUUUGACAGGAAGCACUACUUCUACGCAGACCUCCCUGCGGGCUACCAGAUUACCCAGCACAGGCUCCCGAUUGCCGUGAAUGGCAGCCUGGCGUACAGCAGUUGUGCGGGGACGAAGCAGAGUCAGAUGACCACCAGGACAGUCAGGGUGAAGCAGAUCCAGCUGGAGCAGGACAGUGGCAAGAGCCUCCAUGAUGACCUGCGCUCCCAGACACUCAUUGAUUUGAAUAGGGCGGGAAUUGGCCUUCUGGAAUUGGUCCUGGAGCCUGACGUGUCCUGUGGAGAAGAGGCAGCAACAGCUGUGAGGGAGCUGCAGCUGAUCCUCCAAGCGCUGGGCACCAGCCACGCAGGCAUGGCAGAGGGCCAGUUGAGAGUGGAUGCCAACGUGUCCGUGCAUCGCCCUGGGGAGCCUCUGGGCAUUCGGACUGAAGUGAAGAAUCUCAACAGCAUCAGGUUCUUAGCCAAAGCCAUAGACUAUGAAAUUCAGAGGCAAAUCCAAGAACUUGAGAAUGGAGGUGAAAUUCUGAAUGAAACACGCUCAUUUGAUUACAAGUUGGGGUGCACCGUGCCAAUGAGAGACAAGGAAGGAAAACAGGACUACAGGUUCAUGCCGGAACCCAACCUGCCCCCCUUGCUGCUCUAUGACACCGCUUCUCUGCCAGCAGGGGCAGACUCCCAGCAGGUGAUCAACAUUGACCAGAUCCGAGAGAGGCUCCCUGAGCUCCCUCGUGUGACACGAGAGAGGCUUGUUCAACAGUAUGGGAUGAGUUGGGAUCACAGCUUCACUUUGCUGAAUGAAGUUGACCUACUGGCGUUCUUCCAAAAUGUGAUGAAAGAAACUAGGGCAGAGCCAAAAAAGGUGACGAGUUGGGUCCUCAACACUUUUCUGGGCUAUUUAAAGCAACAGAACCUGGCUGUCAGGGAGAGUCCUGUCACAGCCUCUGCACUCGCCGAGCUUCUUGACCUGCUGGACAGCAAAGCAAUUUCUUCAUCAGCUGCUAAACAGGUAUUUGAGGAGUUGUGGAAGAAUGAAGGGAAGACUCCAGCACAAAUUGUUUCAGAAAAGAAGCUUGAACUGAUGCAGGAUCAAGAGGCCUUGGAGCAGCUCUGCCACUCUGUGAUGCAGGCACAUCCUCACGUGGUAAUGGAUGUGAAGGGAAACCCCAGAGCCAUAAACAAGCUGAUCGGGCUGGUCCGGAAGGCCACUCUCAGCCGAGCAGAUCCAACUGUGAUAAAGACAAUACUGGAGAGGAAGCUGUCCUCCUCCCAGGGCUCCUGUCCCUCGCCCUGAGGGACAGCAUGAGGGACAGCACGCAGCCCUGAGAAUGCUGACAUGCUGUGCUCUGAGAGCACCUAUCUCCCUCCCCAGCCGGAGCCUCACCGUCCCCACCCUGUGUCCUCGCAAUGCAGUCCGGCCUGUGCCUGUGCCUGGGAUGCGGCCUCCACAGGAAACGGGGCUGUUCCUCCUUUGUUUCAUUCACAGCAAAAGGGUCUCGUGAUGGCUGUAGCCAUGGUUAAGGAAUACCAUACUCUUUUGUUUAGUA